UGUACUUCCGAGAGAUGAGAUUGUUCUGUGUUUCCGCAGAUCUAAUUUGUGAGAGCCAGAAGUCAUGAAGCUUUCAUCUGUUUUUUUCGCCAAGAUCUUCUUGCUUGGUUUGGCCUUGCUGUGUGUCAGUGCUGAACAGGCAGAGACGUCGUCUGAAAGCGACAACAAGGGCGAUUCCCAACAACAGAAUGAGGAAUACACCACCAAAAACCACAGGCACUUGUACGAGUACAAUGACGACCGGUACAUCACGGCCCUUGGCUUUUCCGAAUCAGCCACCUGUGAUUGGGGCUUGUACCGAGCAACAGCCGGGGAUGGUCUCAAUGGGGACUUGAACCAGGGUGCUGGUAGUGGGUCAAAAGACAUUUACACCUGCAUCAGUAAGAACCCCAUCUUUGGACCUCCCAUUACUCACAUUCGAAUCCAAAAGGGGGCCACUUGCGCCUCUGGGUAUCGUCGAGCCGGACAAGCUUUGACGCUCAAUGGAGAUUUGAACCAGGGUGCUGGAAGUGGGUCAAAAGACAUUUUCGUGUGCUACACCAAGAGAACCGAAGAUGGUGAUCCCAUCACAAACAUUGAAAUAUCCAAAACCCACCCUGCUACUUCUCAACGUGCAGAAUACUUGGAUGGUCUCAAUGGAGAUUUGAACCAGGAUGCUGGUAGUGCGUCAGCAUACGUCUUCUUCAAAAUCUUUCGUUAGAACUAAACAAAGGAACAUUGGAGUAUAGUGUUGUCCAAGAAGAAGAAAACCAUGCAUUUAGAACAAAAACAAAGUUUGAUAGCCACGGUAAAAGAGCAGAAGAGAUUGUCGACCAUGCC